GGAAUGGCUUAUUUCAAUGGUGUCUGUGGGACAUUGAAUGACUUUUAMCAGAGCUGGUGGAUAGCUGCUCCAUUAAUUUAUCUCUCUAGAAAGGUGUCAAUUUAGCUUGAACAUGGAGGCUCUAAUCCCCGUUAUAAACAAGCUUCAAGAUGUCUUCAAUACGGUGGGAGCAGACAUAAUACAGCUGCCGCAGAUAGCAGUCGUUGGAACCCAGAGCAGUGGGAAGAGCUCUGUGUUGGAGAGCCUGGUUGGCAAGGACAUGCUGCCCCGUGGGACAGGUGUAGUGACCCGCCGGCCACUCAUCCUACAGCUAGUCCAUGUGGAUCCUGGAGAUGGCAGGAAAAUGAGAGAUGAGAAUGGCGUGGAAGGAGAUGAAUGGGGCAAGUUCUUACACACCAAAAACAAGAUCUACCCAGACUUCAGUGAAAUCAGGCAGGAAAUCGAAAAUGAAACGGAAAGAAUUUCCGGUAUUAACAAGGGGAUCAGCGAUGAGCCUAUUCACUUGAAGAUUUUCUCUCCUAAUGUGGUGAACCUCACUCUGGUGGAUCUACCCGGCAUCACCAAGGUCCCAGUGGGCGACCAGCCCCAAGACAUAGAGGUGCAGAUCAGAGAGCUGAUCCUGAAGCACAUCUCCAACCCCAACUCCAUCAUCCUGGCUGUGACCGCUGCCAACACAGACAUGGCCACCUCAGAGGCCCUCAAAGUGGCCCGUGAGGUCGAUCCCGACGGCAGGAGGACACUGGCGGUGGUGACCAAGCUGGACUUGAUGGACGCUGGUACUGAUGCUAUGGACGUCCUGCUGGGCCGGGUCAUCCCUGUCAAACUGGGCCUCAUCGGAGUGGUCAACAGGAGCCAGUUGGACAUCAACAAUAAGAAGUCAGUGAGCGAUGCCAUCCGAGAUGAAGAUGCUUUCUUGCAGAAGAAGUAUCCCUCUCUCGCUAAUCGAAAUGGAACCAAGUAUCUGGCCAGGACUCUUAACAGGUUACUGAUGCACCACAUCCGAGACUGUCUACCGGAGCUGAAGACACGUAUCAACGUGCUGGCGGCCCAGUACCAGUCUCUGUUGAGCAGCUACGGCCAGCCCGUWGAGGACCAGAAUGCCACCCUUCUGCAGCUCAUAACCAAAUUCGCUGCAGAGUACUGCCACACUAUCGAGGGCACCGCCAAGUACAUUGAGACGGCUGAGCUAUGCGGUGGUGCCAGAAUCUGUUACAUAUUUCACGAGACUUUUGGGCGAACAUUAGAGUCAGUGGAUCCCCUAGGAGGACUCAACACCAUAGACAUCCUGACUGCCAUCAGGAACGCCACUGGCCCUCGUCCGUCUCUGUUUGUGCCCGAGGUGUCGUUUGAGCUGCUGGUGAAGAAGCAGGUGAAGAGACUGGAGGAGCCCAGCCUGCGCUGUGUGGAGCUGGUCCAYGAGGAGCUGCAGAGGAUCAUCCAGCACUGCAGCAACUACAGCACACAGGAGUUGUUGAGAUUUCCAAAGCUCCAUGAUGCCAUAGUAGAAGUGGUCACCUCUCUGCUCAGGAAAAGGCUGCCUAUCACCAAUGAGAUGGUGCAUAAUCUGGUGGCCAUAGAGCUGGCCUACGUCAACACCAAACACCCUGACUUUGCUGAUGCCUGUGGGGUCAUGAACAACAACAUAGAGGAGUCGAGGAGAAACAGAAUGAGAGAACUGCCCGCUGCAGUCCCCAGGGAUAAGUCAGUAGUUAAUGGUCCAGUCGGCCAGCCUCCCAAUCCUACCGAGCCCCCUGCCUCUGUGGACGUGGAGGGUGCCAAGCCUCCCGGAGCAGGGMMCCAGGGGGACCAGGAGGRGACAGGGAACUGGAGAGGCAUGCUGAAGAAAGGGGACGAGGGGGCCAACGGCUCUGGCCCCGCCAGCCCCCAUAAGGGCCUUGCCGUCAACCUGCUGGAUGUGCCCGUUCCCGUUGCCAGGAAGUUGUCUUCUCGGGAGCAGCGUGACUGUGAGGUCAUCGAGAGACUCAUCAAGUCCUACUUUCUCAUCGUCCGGAAAAACAUCCAAGACAGCGUGCCCAAGGCAGUGAUGCACUUCCUGGUGAACCAUGUGAAGGACAGUCUGCAGAGUGAGCUGGUGGGUCAGCUCUAUAAGUCUGGUCUUCUCAACGACCUGCUCACUGAGUCUGAGGACAUGGCCCAGAGACGCAAGGAGGCUGCAGACAUGCUAGAGGCUCUGCAGAAGGCCAGUCAGGUCAUUGCUGAGAUCAGAGAGACUCAUCUGUGGUAAGGAGGAGAACUCCACUGAAGUCAAUCUGUAAUCUACUAAUCAUGUCUGGAAGACAGAAGGUGUGUAUCUACUUAUCAUGUCCGGAAGACUUGGGAUUUGCCAAUGUGAAAAUGCACUGUUGUGGUUCAUGUAAGUGUGUUGAUUGAAACAUGGUACUGGUUCACAGCUAUGUUAAGGCUAUAUACAUAUCUUCGCUCACCUGUAUAAGAAACUGAUACCUCAUUAAGGCAUAUCUGUACUGUGUAGUUAUAACCAAGAUAAUAUUAUUAUUAUUAUUAUUUUUUUAAUUUAAACUU